AUGUCUGGUCAAAAAAUUUCCGUUCCUUCUGAAAACAGCAAGGGGGGAAUCCCAGCUGUACAGUUCAACAAUCCUAAAAGCCAACCAAUAGGUGUGAUCGUAUUACAGGAAUGGUGGGGACUAACCCAAGAAAUACAGAAUAAAGCGCAGGACCUGGCAAAGCGAGGCAACUUUACUACGAUUGUUCCAGACCUAUACCGUAAGGUUGUUACUACCGACUAUGAAUAUGCCGGACAUUUGAUGUCUAAUCUAGAUUGGCAAGGAGCUGUUCAAGACAUCCGAGGGUGUGCCAAGCAUCUAAAAGAACAGGGUUGUGCUAAAGUGGGUGUCAUAGGCUUUUGUAUGGGCGCAGCUCUGUCUCUCGCAUCAGCGGCCCUAGUAACGGAGGUCAGCGCUUCUGUGCCAUUUUAUGGCAUUCCAAGUAAAGACCUUGCGGAUCCAUCCAACAUUAAAAUUUCCGUCCAGUGCCAUUUUGGUGAACAAGAUGUUUUGGAAGGAUUUUCUGCCCCGGCCGAUCAAGACAAGUUAAAAAAGUCUCUAAAAGUAGGCGGAGUACAGUUCGAAUUUUUUUCCUACCCUGCGGGUCACGCCUUUGCAGAUUCCAAUGGACAUAGGUAUAAUAAGGAAGCUACUGAGUUAGCUUUUGGCAUAAAUAUAUGGAUUUAA